AUGGUCCCAACUAAAGGAAAUGUUCAUUCAUGGUGGGAGUUAGUUUUCAAAGUUGUGACCGGUGGAUCAUUUGGGGUCUAUGAUUUAUUCGUAAAUAAUGGCACUCAUAAUACAGACAACUUGGCAGCCCAGCAACUGACGAACCAAGUAAAGGAGCAUUAUAAAUCUGAUGUCCUGGAUGAUAUACAUUCAAAUGGCGUCACUGAGAUAAGAGUAUCCUACUACUCUCAGGGCUCUGAAGCUCAAUACUUUGUUUUCGACGCAGUAGGAGCCACCAAAACUGGAUGGUUCAGCCGAGAUAGAUUAUUAAACACAAGUUAUGAUAUGACGGCAUUGGCUGAUGUAAAAAAUAAAACGGGAGAAUUCUUCAGCAUCAGAGGCGAUUUCUCAAAAGGUAAAGUUCAACGACAUUUCUACAUCAAUGAAGGCUUCUAUGACUGUAAAGAUAAAGGUUGGGUCGUUGUCGUCGAUGGAAAAGAUGGAUCAUGUGACAUGGAUAAAGCACAUGAAACCACCGUUCAUUACGUCAGUACGAAAUCAUAUUCUUCGAUGCCAGGGGAGACUGCUGAUUUCAUGGCAAUAUUUGUUGACAGAUCUAGAGAUACAUGUAACUGCGGUUGGGAAAGUUCUACGACUUCUACGCCUAGUAAUGAAUAUCUGUUGGUCAACGAAACAGAAGAAAUUCGGAAGAGAAUUGACAUAAUAAAAAAGAAAUUAAUUGUACCGAUGAACUCUACGUCAAAAUAUCAGCGUAGCAAAACAAGCGCAAAAGAUGAGCGAAUGUCAUCACAUGCCAUGGGAAUGGUCCUUGGGGUUGGUCUUAUAUCGGCGUUUUUUGCUUUGAUCCUUCUUCCCGACAUCUAUACGUUGAUUCGUUAUGCCUUGAAACGAGUUUGUGAGAAAAGAGCUUAGAAAAUUUGAAGAAAGACAUGAAUAUUUAGCUGCUGUUACAUUUUAGAAAAUGCCAUCACAUGACGUUUGAAUUGUCAAAUGGUCUCUCAAAUUUUCCCAUAUCGCUUUUGAAAUGUGUGAAGCAUGUAUACCAUCGUAGAUGCGUCAGUUUAGGCAUGUUUAA